AUGGACUCUUCCAAGGACCAGCCUCCUGGAUUGAGCUUAAUGAUACGUUCAUUUUUCAUCUUUACGACAUUGCUCUUGCCGCUGAAUGUUUGGGGCCAAGAGGAAGAUGACGUGAACGCCAACGCUGGGCCGGGUGGGAAGAAGCCCAAUAUCAUCCUCUUCCUGACGGACGACCAGGACCUGCACAUGAACUCCCUUGAUUAUCAGGCAGUCGUUCAGAAGGAGUUUGUUCAAAAGGGCACCUGGUUCAAGAAGCACUUUUGCACCAUUGCCCUGUGCUGUCCAUCUAGAGUUUCGCUCCUCACGGGCAAACAUGCACACAACACUAAUAUAACGGAUGUUAAACUUCCUUAUGGUGGCUACAACAGGUUUGUCGAGCAGGGCCUCAAUGAAAACUACCUACCCGUCUGGCUGCAGGAGGCCGGAUACAGUACCUAUUAUGCCGGCAAACUUAUGAAUGAUCACGAUCUUAACACCUAUAAUAAACCAAUUGCCCGGGGUUGGACGCAAUCUGACUUCCUGUUGGAUCCCAACACCUACAUCUUCUAUAACGCGUCAAUGACGCUGGACAAUACUACCCCUAAGUUCCAUCCCGGGAAAUACUCGACCGACCUGCUUGCAAACAGGUCCGUCGAGUUCUUGAAUGAAGCAAUUAAUGCGAAGAAGCCCUUCUUCCUCGGCAUUGCGCCGAUUGCGCCUCAUUCUGAGACGGUGAAACUCCCGGGCAAGCCGCCGGUUUUUACGGAACCUGUGCCGGCAGAGAGACAUAGGCACUUGUUUCCAGACGCAAAAGUUCCAAGAACGCCCAACUUUAACCCUGAUACUCCCGGGGCUGCUGCCUUCAUGGCAACGAUGCCCAAACUUACCGACGAGCAGGUCAAGUUCAAUGACGCCUUUUACCGCCUUCGUCUCCAGUCUCUCCAGUCAGUCGACGAGAUGGUCCAGGCCGUCAUCAAGAGACUCGAGGCCAACCCCGAGGUUCUCGCCAACACCUACCUAUUCUACACUUCAGACAAUGGCUUUCAUAUUGGCCAGCAUAGACUACCGCCAGGAAAGGCGUGCAGCAUAGAAGAGAACGUGAAUAUCCCCUUCUUGGCCCGCGGACCGGGCAUAGCAGCCGGCGCGGUGGCCAAGUUUCCAACUUCGCAUACUGACAUCGCGCCGACCAUCAUGCAGCUCGCUGGCGUGAAACAACGCGAGGACUUUGAUGGCUUGCCUAUACCCCUUACGAAGAAGGCCCAGAAUUCGCCGUGCCUGCGAAAGGCUGAGCAUGUCAACGUUGAGUUUUGGGGCACAAUCAAUGCUGAGGGAACCAUGUUUGCCAAACUUAAUGCCAAUCCGCCCAUUGUCACAUCUAAGUCGCUUCGUGUCGUCGGCGAAGACUACGACUUUUCAUACGUGGUGUGGUGCACCAAUGAACAUGAGCUGUAUGACAUGAAGGUCGACCCCUUCCAGAUGAAAAACUUGAUGAACUCUACAGUCACGUCGGGCAUGAGCAUCCCCCAGCUUAAGACCCGCCUCGACACGCUUCUUCUCACGCUCAAGACCUGCAAAGGGAAAGUGUGCUACCGUCCUUGGGAAACUGUCUUCCCGUCGGGUACAGUGAAGACCCUUGGUGACGCGAUGAAUCCGAAAUAUGACAGCUUCUUCAACUCGCAGGAGAAGGUGACGUUCUCGGCUUGCGCCAAGGGAUACAUCCAGGCUGUUGAAGGCGCUUUGAAGUCCAAGCCAUAUACCGGGAAGUAA